AGUGGUCGAGUAGAUUGAAAAAUCUGAGACGACUAAAUGAAGUAGGCAGUAAAUUAGAAAGCAGAUGACAUAAUAAUAGAUUCACAAUUUUCCAGCUCUUACGGCUUACUCAUCAAACAGUCGAAAGAAUUUGUUGUCUCUAAUCUUGAUUGAUUCACUGUGGAGCUGUGUGUUCUUGCAAGGCUUGGUAAAAUAUGGACUUUGCUAGUAUGGAUAGUGCACAGCUGACUAUGGUGGGAUCUGGGUUUUCUGCUUUGCUUUCAAUGCAUUUCACGAUACAGCUCUUGUCACAACACCUCUUCUACUGGAAAAAUCCAAAGGAGCAAAAGGCAAUAAUCAUGAUUAUAAUUAUGGCUCCCCUCUAUGCCAUUGACUCGUUCGUGGGGUUGUUAGAUAUUCGUGGAAGCAAAGCAUUUUUCAUGCUUCUAGACUCGGUUAAAGAAUGCUACGAGGCUGUGGCAAUUGCCAAAUUUUUGGCCUUGAUGUAUAGUUAUUUGAAUAUAUCCAUCAGCAAAAACAUUGUGCCAGAUGAAAUCAAAGGGAGGGAAAUUCAUCAUUCAUUUCCAAUGACUCUAUUUCAGCCUCAUACUGCUCGCUUGGAUCACCGGACACUGAAACUUCUCAAGCACUGGACAUGGCAGUUUGUCAUUAUCCGUCCAGUAUGCUCUAUCUUGAUGAUCGUGUUACAGAUUCUUGGGUUAUAUCCAAAUUGGCUCAGCUGGACGUUUACCAUCAUUCUCAAUAUUUCUUUCUCAGUGGCCAUGUACUCCUUGGUUGUUUUCUACCAUGUUUUUUCAAAGGAACUGCAGCCACACAAACCAUUAUCAAAGUUCAUCUGCAUCAAAGGGAUUGUUUUCUUCAGCUUUUGGCAGGGAUUGCUGCUUAAAAUUCUAGUUGCAUUGGGUGUCAUUAAAUCUCACCAUUUUUGGUUGGAUGUGGAGCACCUUCAGGAAGCCAUUCAGAAUGUUUUAAUUUGUGUGGAGAUGGUUUUCUUUUCUGUCAUGCAACAAUACGCAUACCACGUUGCUCCUUACAGUGGAGAUGUACACGCAAAGCUUUCGCAGAAAAAGAAUGAAUAGGUUGGUGCAGAUGACAUUGGUGUGGAUCGACACUUCUCCACUGUGUGAUCUUGCAAUUACCGGUAACAGUGUGUAAUGCAAGCUUUUGUUGUCGUGUAACCUAUUGAUACAGAUCAGAGAAAUAGGAAGUAUGCUCAUCUUGUGCCAGCGAGGAAGAUACGAUUUCUAUCAUUUUCUGUAAACAAUUUUUGCUUUUGUGAUUUAGAUUUCUUGAAGUUAGUUGAAUCAGUAAUUUUGCCUCAUGAGCACCUACGAAAGGUUGUUUGUGAGCAUAACCCAAGGUAUACACUUUGUAAAUUUCCUUGAAAAUAUUAGUAUGAGAACGCUUUUCUCUUGAACAAUUCUGAUGACUAGCGUGAGCUGGCAGUGAUUUUAUGCA